AUGCGCGCGUUUGUUGUAUUGUUUCUCUUUUGUGCCAGCCUCGCGUGGGCUUACAUUGAUCCCAGUGAGGACUUCAUCGGAUGGCAUGAGAAGGUGGGAGUUAAGAAUGCCCAACAAAUUAGGAAACGCGAAGAUCGAAUCGUCGGCGGUAACAUAGCCCCCGUAAACAGCCAUCCUUAUCUGGCCGGCCUGCUGAUAGACAUUAUUGGCUUUACGCAACCUUCGGCGUGUGGAGGAUCUCUCGUAUCGUCUACCAGAGUUCUAACAGCUGCGCACUGCUGGUCCGAUGGAAGAUUCCAGGCACACAGAAUUACAGUAGUCCUGGGUACACCUUAUCUGUUCCAUGGUGGAGUCAGAGUUCUUCCACAUGCGAUAGCAAUACACGCACACUAUGACCCUAGAACCUUUGCUAAUGACAUUGCUAUGCUGUAUUUACCAAAUCCAGUAGAAUUAAAUCAUGCUAUCCGACCGAUAUCUUUACCAUAUGGUCCAUUGCUAUCUAUGGACUACACUGGAGUGUGGGCAAGAGCUGCUGGCUAUGGAAGAUAUUCAGAUGUGACCACACCAGCGAAUACAGUUGCAAGAAACGUGUUUCUUCAAGUAAUAUCAGUGCAACAGUGUCGAAAUGCAUUCGGUGAUUUUGCUAGGGCAUCUAAUGUUUGCACAAAUGGGUAUGGCGGUGUCGGUAUAUGUCAAGGAGACUCUGGUGGGCCUUUAACAGUGACUACUACAGCUGGAGAAGAUAUUUUAAUAGGCGUCAGUUCAUUCGUAGCCAGCUACGGGUGUCAACUAGGACAUCCUUCUGCUUUUGCUAGAGUCACGUCCUUUAUAAACUGGAUACAUGCACAUAUGUAA